AUGCGGUUCGCAGAUGCAACUGCAGGACUCCUGCUGGUAUCCCUUGCUGCUGCUGCGCCAUCGUCGGCGUUGAAGCGUGUAGCUUCAACCCUCCCAUUGUCGACGAAAGGACGAGACAUCAUUGAUGCGAACGGCGAUGUCUUCCAUUUCAUGUCGACAAAUUGGCCCGGCCACCAAGAAAUCAUGAUCCCUGAAGGUCUCCAACACUCUUCAGUAGAAGAUAUCGUAUCCUGGUUCCCCAAGCUUGGCCUCAACUCAGUCCGUAUGCCGUUCGCCAUCGAGAUGGUGGAUGAUUAUCUCGAGAACAGCCCAGAUCAAACUCUCGAGAAGAGUGUCCUGAACGCAAUUCCGGGAACCAAUGGAACGGAUGUAUUGAACUCGAUUUUGGAGAAGAAUCCGCAGUUCACCAAGAACACAACCCGCCUGCAAGUGUGGAAUGCCGUUGGUAAGGAAUUAUCGCGCCAAGGCGUGAUCAUCCACUUGGACAACCACGUAUCGAAGGCAUUCUGGUGUUGCGGCGACGACGACGGUAACGGUUGGUUCGGCGAGAAGGAUUUUGACGUGGAGAAGUGGAAGCGAGGCUUAGCCUUCAUGACUAAGUUUGGAAAGGAAAACUGGUCGACUUUUGCAUCGAUAGGAUUACGCAAUGAACUGCGUGCUGCCAAGGUGGCUGAGCCUGUCGACUGGUAUACGUGGUACAUCCACAUGACUGCUGCUGCCGAUGCCGUCCAUGAAGCGGAUCCCGAUGCUCUGAUCUUCUUCUCUGGUCUCUCGUACGAUACGUACAUUGACCCGAUCCCUCUAGGUAAGACACUCAACGGUACCGCCGGCACGUCGACUGCCAACAAGACCGCCAAGUUCGUCCCGGACAGCUUUGCCUGGAAGGACAAAAUCGUUCUGGAGAUCCACAAAUACGAUUUUGAAGCCACCCAAGACGAUUGCGCAACCUUCAAGAGGAAGUGGUAUCAAAAGGGUUUCCAAGCAGUCAACCCCGACGACCCAGUGACCAAAUACACCUUCCCGAUGGUCAUAUCAGAAUGGGGUUUCAUCCAUAAUGGAACUUACUGGAACCAGACCACCUACGCGAAAUGCUUGGUGGAGAUGGUGAAGGAAUACCAGGUUAGUUGGCAGCAUUGGGAACUGUCGGGUAGCUUCUAUCUCCAGACGCGUCCGAACAGAACGCCGAACACGCUCAUUGGGGCUGAUGAGGCUUGGGGUCUGUUGAACUAUGAUUGGACUGCCAUUCGAUCGCCCAUUACCUUGGAGAACAGCUUGUACAAGAUGAUUGAGGCGUUGAAAUGA